AUGCGGUGUCUGGCUGUCGCCCUGGGCCUGGGCCUGAGCUUGGGCAUGGUCGAUUGGGUGGCUGGUGGUGCCGUGCUGGAUUUCGAGUUUGAAGCGCCGGAAUGGUUCGAGGGCGAGGUCUGGGAGAGUCAAGAUCCGGCUGAUAUCCGCGACGUGUUGCUGCUCAACAACGUUUCGACCAUUGGCAUGAAGCAACGGCCUUUGCUGCGUUCAAGCCAGAACAUCAGCCCAGAUCAACUUGAUGCGGGGGUGUGCAUGAGCGACGACAGCUCCUCCUCUUUCAAAGCGGCCUGUUUGCCGUCCUUCCUCAUCAUUGGGGCCAUGAAAGCGGGCACGGGCGAGCUAGCCUCCUGGUUGGAGCAAAGCCCGCUACUGAGGCGAUACACCAACUUUGCCAAGCCCACUUGGCACGGCGAGGCGCACUAUUUUGAUCACAUUCAGCCGACCGAGACUCUGGAGGACACCUGGCGCUCAUAUUUGUGGACAGGCCCGAAAUACAAAGACAAAGAUCAGCUACGCACCACCCACUCGUUUGACAAGACACCAAACUACUUGCUGGCUACUGAGGCCCAAUUAGAAAUGAUGCAUCGACUAUUGCCCUCGGUGCGCAUGAUCGCUACCCUUCGUAACCCAACGGAUCGCGCCUUCUCACAGUAUCAGCAAGAAUGUCGACAAGGCUUUGUUUUGAUUGGAAAAAGCCCGGCCGUCAAAGGGAGGGUCACCUAUGCCCGCAGGCCCGAUUGGGCUUUGCGCACUGCCCAACGCUUGGGCCUGGACAACGUCAGCAAGAAGGACUUUGAAACUGCUAAAUUUCCCUGUUCCAACGACCAUUUUCUUGCCAUGCUCACGGGCAACGGGACCGGGCCUGACAUUGACCUCAGCCGCAGCUUGGCCUUUCGCAUCAUCUCCAACGGCUAUUAUCGCGAACAACUGGACCGAGUGCUCGCAUUGUAUCCACGCAACCAGCUGCAUGUUCUUCUCCACGAGGCGUUUAUGCACAACCCCAUCGCGGAGAUGGAAAAGAUUGAAGACUUUCUCGGCGUGCCCCGCAUGCCUUAUGCCAACAUGACCAGGAUCACAGAUUCGGGCUUUAUCGCGCUGAAAAACGUGCGCAGCAAAGCGGACAAGCUUCGCUACGAGAAGCUCAGCCCAAGCACCCGCGAAAAGCUCGACCGCCUCUACCGCCCCCACAACCAAGGCCUGCUGGACUUUUUUGACAAGGAACAGCUCCGAAAAACCUGGCACAUCUCCCUCUGA